AUUGUUGGAAAACAGUAUCGAAAAUAUCGUACACAUUCUAUACACGUGUGCAACUGUAUUAUUUGACAGCGACCUAGCGGAACCUCGCGUAUUGAAUAAUCGAAAGUAAUGCACGUGAGAACUUUGUACUUGGACGUGUUGCAUAACCUAAAACAUGGUUCGUUUUAAAAACAGAUACAUAACAUUUGAAAUAACUCUCGGUGAUAAGUCUGAUAGGCCAUUCCCGUUAAAAACCACAGCAUUAUAUUACGCUAUACAGCAGAAAGUACAACAAUUGUAUGGAGAUUUUGGUGCUGCUGCGAUAAAAGCUGGUUUUUCGGCAAAAUAUUGCAACGCACAUACGAGGAUAGCGUUAGUAAAAACUAGACAUGGUCCUCAUAAUUUUUUACUGAAAGCUAUCCCAACCAUAAAAGACAUAGCAGGACGUUCAGUGUCAGUAAAAAUAAUUUAUGUGGGAGCAACUUUAAAACACUGUUUCUACUUUAUUAAAAAAUAUCAACAACAAAAACUGGAAAAAGUAUGGAAUACUCUAAGAACCGAAAGAGAACGUAAAAACAUGGAAAACGCCUUAAUGACGUUAGUAUCAGCUAUGAAAGAUUAUACAUGAAAAAGAUUAUGUGUACAUAUGUACAAAUUUAAUAAAACAAUUUCCAA